AUGGAUAUCGAAAAAAAAUGUAGCUCGACCCUGUAUCCUUCUCGCCGAAGAUACGGGGCCGUGGACGAUUGCACCCGGAGACCGCACCACCGGCUCUUUGAGGAGUCGAGCUCGGAUCGCCAGCCGUCACGGUUACCGAUAGCGAGGAACGUCACCGUUGCUGUGUUGUGUGUGUUUGCCCUCCUCGCGGGAUACUACAGAGCUAACAGCAGAGAGGGCAACGACGGGGGGAACGAGAGAUCACAACUACAUGUAGAACGUACAGCCAGAUUUGUCGAGGAACACGCAGCAGCAGCAGGAGGAGCGUCAUCAUCGGGCGAGUCUGACCAGGCGCUAGCUUUCACAGCUCUCAAUUUCUACCACGUGCGGGACGGGAAGCCGGGGCAGGACUACCCCUGGCUUAAGGACUUCAAGCUUGUCGAACCCCACCGCGAGACCACCCUGGCCGUAGAAGCUCCGCGGGAAGGGUUCGAGUAUCGGUGGGAUGUACGACCAACAUGUACAGGCGACAGCUGUACCAGCAGCAGUGGGGGAGAAUCAUCACCGAUUCAGGCGGCCGGCGCCGUGGCAGAAGUUGUGCUUACGAGCCUUGAAGAGAACAUGAUCACUUUGGAAGAGGUCAACGUUGCCGACGGGAAGGUUGUUCGGCGGCUGGAGGAGACGGUGAUGGUCAAGUACGUUCGCCGAGAGAUCCGGUCGCUCACGGACGACGAGCGAGAAGAAUUGUUGGAUGCGAUGUUCACGAUCUGGGAUGUGAGAGUUGACGGCGGCAACGGCAAGGAGCUGUACGGAGAUGGCUACGCUGACAUCUACGCCAUCAACCGGCUACACCACAAGGCUGCUACGCACGGCACCUGCGACCACUUUCACGAUGGCCUUGGCUUCCUGGUGAGCCACUCGGUCCUCACCAACACGUUCGAGUACAGCCUGCAGGCCGUGAACCCGAAGCUCACCGUGCCGUACUGGGAUUUCACGAUCGAGACUUCCACCUCGACGGAGACGGUGUACGACCCGGCUUCCCCUUACACGAGGACGCCGUUGCUGGACGCUUCCUGGUUCGGCACCGCUGACCUGGACGACGGCAUGGUGAAGGAUGGUCGAUGGGCGAAGUCGGAGAUCCCCAAGGUCAGAGACAACAACCCGGGUGGCCUCGAACCGGACGUGUACGGCAAGCUUCGGGCUCCCUGGAACACGAACGACAGGGCAUACCUCACGCGUGGGUUGGGUCAGCUGUGCCAGCUAAACACCGACCAGCUCUUAGCGUGGCCGACCUGCCAGACGCACUACGAGCUCACAACGGGGUUCCACACCUUCUACGACUGGGUGUGGGACAGCAUGAAGGCCCCCCACGCGCCGCUCCACCUGUGGCUCGGGGGAACCAUGGACUGCGCCGGCACGUACGAGGCGAUCGGCGAGCUCGUCGGGAACUCUAUCGCGGAGACGCUCACGCUCCUGCUCCUGUCGAGUGGCCAGUGCGGCUGCCACGGGUACGACCUCACACAGGGCAGCGACUACAAGAUCGUCAUGGAGAGUAUGGAAUACCUGGAAGACCUCAUUGGGGAUUUCGAUGACACUACGCAAAGGAAGGUCGUGGAGACGCUCUGCACGGGCGUUGUCAACUUCGGGUCCCACACACAGUCGAGCUCUUCGUACGACCCGUUGUUCUGGCCGAUACACCCGACCAUGGAGCGCCUAUACCAGUUUCCGGUGCUGACCGGAUCAAUCGACGAUUUUUUUUGGACCGACGCGGACACCAAUGUCACCUUCGCCGACGGCACCACCGUCUCCGAGAUCACCAGCGUCUACUCCGACCACUGCAUCGGGCAUCACGGUAGCGACGUGUUCCCCUACUAUCUGCUUGACACCGACACCGACGGCUUCGAGGUGAAAACCGGCAUCCGAGGGCAGCCCAUCCUCGGAAACAUGCUCACCAACCGGGAAAUCCUCGCGGCGCUGGAUCCCAGAGCCAACUCUUUGUCGUACGUGUACGACAAGUUCGAGUGGUCGCACUGCGAGGCAGACGGUUUCGACUUCAACGACGCCUGGGAUGAUACCGAGCCGUCUUCCCGCACCACCCGGCCCUUUUCGCACCAGCAGAAGGCCCAUGGGCGCUUAGGGUUUUCUCUGUACUCAGACUUUAACGAGAAGAUGGCCCAGCGCCUGAAAAAGGGGUCUUAGAGCUCGGCACCCUCUGUCUCGGUUCAUUGCGGGCAACGCCGUACGUUAUGCGGGACUCUAGGCAACUUGCCCGUUUUUUAUUUCCAGCCCUCUUGUACGCGCCCCUCGAGUACCAUUGAAUUUGCGUUUGUUUUUGGGGCCCAAUCGUUGAGAUAGUAAAUAAUGAAGAGCAAAUGUUAUUGUUAUAUGUACACUCUCACGUUUGAGAUUGACAUUCAGAUUCAACGGGUGUAAAUACACUUGGCAAAUUUUUUGGAAUUUACAUGGCAGUAGAGAGAUAGAAGGUCUAAUUUUGUCGUACGCGGGGUGAUGUUUUACGUCACGUAGCAAGACCCACAAAGGGCGUGUGACGUAACCGCGAGCCUGUGGCUGUUGCAGGGGGCGGGCCAUAAGAAAUGUCGAUGUCGAGUCCAGGUGUUUGGCAUGUUGAACAUGUUCAGCGCCCAACCUUGUUGUUUGCUUCCCAGACAAAAAGGAAGCGAGCGGUGUUGUGUCCCAGGGGUGGGGCUAGGAGACAAGAAAACGUGUCAUGAUAAUACAACACGUUGGCGGGGAGGGGCAUGCGUAAGUCGCGCCCAGACUUCACGUACGACAAUCGGUCUCUCGGGGAAGCUACGGAGGUGUGCUUGUCUCGCAAGAAUCGGCGAGAGACAGAGGCAAGAGUAUUUCAACGCCUUGGAAAGUUAAAGUUUGGCAGUCAGUCGUGCUUACGCAUGUUGGCCGGCGGUAUAUCGCCGCCACCGGUCGGCGUCAAAUCAAGUCAAUGACCG